AUGACAUUGAUUGAGAUAGUCCGUAUAUUUGAGAGUGUAUUGUGUGUAUCGCAGGUUUCCCAGACUUCCCUGAGGCGGUGCAUUGGUGUGGUUCCUCAGGACACAGUGCUUUUCAACGACACCAUCGCAAACAACAUCAGGUACAGCCGCAUCAGGGCGACGCAGCAGGAGGUGGAGCAGGCAGCCAGGGCGGCCGACGUACACGCCCGGAUUCUGCAGCUUCCUCAGGGUUAUGAGACGGAGGUGGGAGAGCGGGGCCUGAAGCUCAGCGGAGGAGAGAAGCAGCGAGUGGCCAUCGCUCGGACCAUCCUCAAGCAGCCACGGAUCGUCCUGCUCGAUGAGGCCACCUCCUCCUUGGACACACAAACAGAGAGAAACAUCCAGGCGUCUUUGGCAAAGAUCUGCGCCAACAGAACCACAAUAGUCGUGGCCCACAGGUUGUCCACAGUGGCAGACGCAGACCAGAUCUUGGUGCUGCACUCGGGCCACGUCGCGGAGAGAGGAAGUACUCUCCGUCAGUACUCUCCGUCAGUACUCUCCGUCAGUACUCUCCGUCAGUACUCUUCGUCAGUACUCUCCGUCAGUACUCUCCGUCAGUACUCUCCAUCAGUACUCAUCAGUACUCUCCAUCAGUACUCUUCAUCAGUACUCUCCAUCAGUACUCUCCAUCAGUACUCUCCAUCAGUACUCUCCAUCAGUACUCUCCAUCAGUACUCUCCAUCAGUACUCUCCAUCAGUACUCUCCAUCAGUACUCUCCAUCAGUACUCUCCAUCAGUACUCUCCAUCAGUACUCUCCAUCAGUACUCUCCAUCAGUACUCUCCAUCAGUACUCUCCAUCAGUACUCUCCAUCAGUACUCUCCAUCAGUACUCUCCAUCAGUACUCUCCAUCAGUACUCUCCAUCAGUACUCAUCAGUACUCAUCAGUACUCAUCAGUACUCAUCAGUACUCUCCAUCAGUACUCUCCAUCAGUACUCUCCAUCAGUACUCUCCAUCAGUACUCAUCAGUACUCUCCAUCAGUACUCUCCAUCAGUACUCUUCAUCAGUACUCUCCAUCAGUACUCUCCAUCAGUACUCUCCAUCAGUACUCUCCAUCAGUACUCUCCAUCAGUACUCUCCAUCAGUACUCUCCAUCAGUACUCUUCAUCAGUACUCUCCAUCAGUACUCUCCAUCAGUACUCUCCAUCAGUACUCUCCAUCAGUACUCUCCAUCAGUACUCUCCAUCAGUACUCAUCAGUACUCAUCAGUACUCUCCAUCAGUACUCUCCAUCAGUACUCAUCAGUACUCUCCAUCAGUACUCAUCAGUACUCUCCAUCAGUACUCUCCAUCAGUACUCUCCAUCAGUACUCUCCAUCAGUACUCUCCAUCAGUACUCUCCAUCAGUACUCUCCAUCAGUACACUCCAUCAGUACUCUCCAUCAGUACUCUCCAUCAGUACUCUCCAUCAGUACUCUCCAUCAGUACUCUCCAUAA